AUGUUCAAAUCAAAGUUGAACAAAAGGCAUGCGAUUUUCACUUACGCAAUUUUUAAUGUACUGUAUCUAGUACUUUGUUCUAUUCAAAAAAGUUACCCUACUAAUGGAGACAAUACAAAUUUAAAUAAAGAACUUUUGUUAAAUACGGAUUUGUUAAUUAAAUUUGUGAAUUUAUCAAUUCCUGAGAUAUCUCCAGAUUGUACUGACGGGCUAGAGAUUAGUCCGUUAAUGAGUAUCCAAUCCAAUGGCACUUUAAAUGAAGAAAAUAUCUUAUCACAACAAUCCGAAAUUGAUCAAUUAGUUGACACGAGAAAAAAUAUCGAGUUAUCAAAUGAAUGCGAAGAACAAAUUGAAUGUAUGAUUCUUCCUGAUAAUGGAAUUAAAUUAUCGAAAAGAAACUAUAGUGAUAUGUAUAUAGAAUACUUAAAGACGCUUAAGGAAUCCGGAGGAUUACACAAACGAGACGUUGAACAUCGAGAUUUACACAAAGACGAUAAAUUAAGUUAUUUACAGAAGAAUCCUCCUGUCACAGGAAGUUUUAUGCCUGAUGAGCCAAAGAUAAUAAGAAAAAGAGCAAGGCCGAAUUUUCCACCAGAACACCUUUAUAAAGCAAAUAUUAGAAAAAAAGACGGUAAGGAUGAAGACAGAGCUCAAAUCGACAUUAUGGAUAUUAAAAAGAUUAAACUAAAUAAGCCAUCUUUUCGAGGUGGUACUUCAAAAGAGCCCCUUUCUCCAUAUGAUCUAGUUAUUCUUGAAUUAAAGUCAAGACUUGAAUCAAUCAGAAACAAAAGACGAGAAGUGGAAUUUUUGGAAAAAGAAAAAGAAAGAGGAGAAAGAGGGAAUCAAAGACAUUCUCAUGGAACAGAUUCAGAGAUUCAAAGGGAAGCGACUAAAGGUCAAUCUAGGAACUUAUUUGAACUCACGAAUCUGUUAAAGAAUGUGGGGAACGGUCCGGAAAAACUUAAACCUCAUUCUGAUUUAAAAGAAACUGAAGAAGGUCACAAGACAAGUGAAGUUUCGGCACAGAGCACUAGAAUAAAAGAUCUAAUCAAACGGUUUAAAACUCAAGUAUUUCUUACUCCCCAAAUACAUCCAAUUAGAGGGCCUGAAGGGAAUCAAGACCAAGCCAGUCAUUUUAAUACUGAAUCUACUGGAGAAACUGCUCAAGAAACAUCUAGUGAUCAAGAAAAAGACAUGCCUAAGGGCGAAUCUUUGGUUUUAGAACCGGGGAAACAACCUAAAUUUCUUAGUAUUGUGCAACUUAUGAGGCCCUUGGAACUUAGUGUUAGACAAUUCAGAUCAUUAAACCAUCAUCCCUCAAACAAUGAAGAUCAAGAAAAAAAAGUUGAAAAAUUUGUCUCAAGAUGGAAAGGUGCUAUUAGUAGUGCUAAUAAAAGGUUGGAAAUUAAAACUUCUGGUUCUGAAGUAUCUAAAACUCUAAGUUUGAGUGGGGAGAACUCUUCUGAUAGUGAUGACACCUAUUUUGCUGAUUACGUUGAAGUUGAUGAUGAAUCCUCUGAUGAAAUGACUUAA